UAUAAAGGGCCGCCCGCUCGCGCUUUGCCUCAGGGCCUCGAAGACUGGCUAGCGGCGCUGUGAUGUCUUCUAAGUCGUCUAUGGUCCUGGGUUACUGGGACAUUCGCGGGCUGGCGCACGCCAUCCGCCUGCUGCUGGAGUUCACGGAUACGUGCUAUGAGGAGAAACGGUACACGUGCGGGGAAGCUCCUGACUAUGAUCGAAGCCAAUGGCUGGAUGUGAAAUUCAAGCUAGGCCUGGACUUUCCUAAUCUGCCCUACCUCAUGGAUGGGAAGAACAGGAUCACCCAGAGCAAUGCCAUCCUGCGCUACAUCGCCCGCAAGCACAACAUGUGUGGUGACACUGAAGAAGAAAAGAUUCGAGUGGACAUUGUGGAGAACCAAGUAAUGGAUCUCCGCACGAAACUGAUACGGCUCUGUUACAACUCUGACCAUGAAAAAAUGAAGCCUCAGUACUUGGAACAGCUACCUGGACAAUUGAAACAAUUCUCCAUGUUCCUAGGGAAAUACUCAUGGUUUGCAGGGGACAAGCUCACCUUUGUGGAUUUUCUCACCUAUGAUGUCUUGGAUCAGAACCGUAUGUUUGAGCCCAGGUGCUUGGAGGAGUUCCCAAAUCUGAAGGCUUUCAUGUGCCGUUUUGAGGCUUUGGAGAAAAUUGCUGCCUACAUGCAGUCUGACCGCUUCUUCAAGAUGCCCAUCAACAACAAGAUGGCCCAGUGGGGCAACAAGUGCACAUGCUGAGCAGGAGACAGGCUUGCACUUCCUGUUUUGUUCCAUCCUGUCCCUACAGGGCCUGCAUUCUAUCUUCUUUGUUCUUUUCAAUAAAUAGCACUUGUGCUGCUGGUG